AGAGAUGUAAACAAAUGUUUGUUGUAGGGCUCGCUGGUAGUCGGUUGUCGCCUACCUUUGUGGCUACUUCUCAUUAAAUUUGUAAAUAUAGUUUUUAUAACCCAAGAUGACAGCGAGCACAGAGGCCACUGAGGCCUGGUACUUAGCCCUGCUGGGUUUUGCUGAACAUUUUCGCACGUCGAGCCCACCAAAGACCCGCCUGUGCGUUCACUGCCCGCAGGCGGUGUUUCAGUUCCAGCCGCCUCCCAGGGUCGAGGCCCGGACUCAGCUGCAGCUGGGCUCGGUCCUCCACAGACACACCAAGAACAGCGAACUGGCCCAGACCCACCUGGAAAAAGGGGUAAUAAUAAGAACCACAAACAAAACUACCAGUAUGUGAUACCUUUUUCUUUUUUACACAAGCUCACUGUAUGAAAUACUGCCCAGAGUGAUACUGAUACCAACAAUCUUUGUUAUUUUUGUCCACAGUGGUUCAUAUCACAGCAAGUAUCCUUUUGUAUGCCAUAUUUUUUACCUUUUGAAUCUCACAUUUAUCACACUUAAGAGAGAGUACCCUGUUUUAUUCCACACAAAAAAUGUCUAAUUAUAAAGUAAUAACUUCUUAAUGGUUCACAUCAGAUCCCUCAGUUUGAAGAUGUGAAGUUUGAAGCAGCAAGCAUCCUCUCAGAGUUUUACUGUCACCAGGUACGUGUUUGCUGUCAGAGUGAGAUAAUGUAAUCAAUAAAGAAGAUUUUGAAUUAUACUUUCAACAGGUUUGAGUAUAUCUAAGGCUUUAAUUUAUGAAAAAAGAGGCUUGGUUGUCUCUGUCUCAGUGGCUCUUGUGUUGCUUUUUAUUUUCAAGAACUUGGUGGACUCAGCGAAGCCAGUGCUCAGGAAAGCCAUCCAGAUUUCUCAGCAAACUCCCUACUGGCACUGCAGACUGCUUUUUCAACUUGCAGUAUGAGCAUGUCAUCUGUUCUACACUACUUUGUAUCAGGGAAUUUGGCAAAAGCAUGUAAAAAUGUAUUUUUAUACUGACUUUCUCUAAUCAGAAAUACUUGAAAUUACUUUUUUGCCUAUACUCAAUAGAUGGCUGGAUUCUCUUCUGCCAUUGUGAAGCAGUGAGGUUUGGAUUGUGUUAGGAACUCUGUAUAUAAAGGUUACUAUGACUUAUAUAUUCUUUGUCACAGCAACUUCAUGCUCUGGAGAAGGACUUGGUAUCUGCCUGUGAUCUCCUUGGAGUCGGGGCAGAGUAUGCUAGAGUUAUGGGCUCAGAAUACACAAGGUAAACAGACGAGAUUCAUACUGCACACAAUGAUCCAUGAUUGUAUGCUUCAUAUUUUAUGUCCUUUUCUUUUCUUUGCAGAGCGCUGUUUUUACUUAGUAAAGGAAUGGUAAGUUAACUGUCUCCUCUUUCCUCGCCUCUCAUACACUAGCCAUUAUUUUGACACCACACAAUUCUAAAAACUACAUUUGUGAUUUUGCAGCUGCUUCUGAUGGAGCAAAAGCUAAGCGAGGUUCACCCUCUGCUGACGCUAUGUGGGACUAUCAUGGAAAACUGGCAGGGAAACCCAAUCCAGAAGGAGUCACUCAGGGUUUUUUUCCUAGUGCUGCAGGUCACACACUACCUGGAUGCUGGGCAGGUACAGGUGUAUGUGUGUGCCCCACUACUGGAGAAAAUAACUUGAAUCCUAUACCAAGAGCUGCAUUUAAAAGUACAAAUAUUUUCAUUUUUCUUUUACAUUUUAACACAAAAAUGUUAUGAUGGAAAUGUACUAAGACUGCAUCCAGUUUUUUUUUUUAGCCCAUAGCCAUGACAAGUAACAAAAGAGCCCUCACUGAUUUGUGCCUGUUGACAGUGUUAGGAGAGGAACUGUAAAUUUUCUUGUUUCAAAUCACACAAGUGGCUGUAUUGUGGUUUCAAGUUUCUAACUUUUAAAGUUAAACAUAAUCAACAUGUCUUUGUCUUUAUUGGGGUUUCAGGUGUAAAACCCUGUCUGAAGCAGCUCCAAGAAUGUAUGCAGACCAUUUCCACCCUCCAAGAUGAUGAAAUUCUUCCCAAUAAUCCAGCUGCUCUCUUCCACUGGCUGCCUAAAGAGCACAUGUGUGUGCUUGUGUACUUGGUGAGCAUUUUCAUAGAUGGAUGAACAGGUAUUUUCAUACAACCCUAAUUACAAAAUAAUUGAAAAUUAGGCAAAAAAAAAAAAACAUACCAAAGUGAAAAAUAGAAGCUUAUUGAGAAUUUCAUGACAGCAACACAUUUCAUAAAGACUACAUUGAUCAACAAAACACUGAAAAAGUUUGGCAACUCAAAAGGAAAGAGUAGAAAGAACCUCUCCCUACUGAAUAAGUGAAUUUGCUCCUUGUAAAUAACAUGAGUGGUUAUGUGGCCAUCUCACAGAGGCAGAGUCUCUCAAAAAUAAAAAUGGGAAAGAUUAAACAUCCUGUGAGUGAACUAUAUAUAAAAGUGAUCUAAAAAUGCUUCUGACCGAGGUGAAGUGGAAAAACUAUCCUGUCUGACAAAUCAGAUUUUGACACUCCUUUUGGAAAUCAUGGAUACGGCGUCCUCAGGGCAGGAGAAGAAAGGCUUAUUGUUACCAGGCUUGUUAUAGGAACACAGUUCAUAAAGGAGAAUCUGUGAUGGUGUGGGGGUGCAUUUCUUUUUGCAUUUUUACAUGUGCUAUAUUUGCACUAUCUUCAGUCAAAUAAAAUAAAAAGUUUAACAAUUUGCAAAACUUCAAAAUCUUUAUUUUUUUUUUCUGGGAUGAACUUUUAUGUAGCAUCCCAUUAUUGAAAUAAAAGUUUUACAUAAACUCCGAAAAAGCAAAUUCUGUCGGAUGAGUCACAGAUUUCCUUUCUUUUUGUCUGUGUGUGUUCAAGGUAACAGUGAUGCACUCCAUGCAGGCGGGCUAUUUGAAGAAGGCACAGAAAUACACAGACAAAGCUCUCAUGCAACUAGAAAAGCUGAAGAGUAAGUUAGUUUGAUUGUGUCGCGUCUUGCUCCCUCCUGUUCUCCUUUCUCUCAUCUAAGAAAACAGGGCACCGGUCUGUGGUGACCCGACAGUUCUCCUGUUCCUGUCCCCCCCCUGUAUGUGCCUGUCUACUCUAUGUUUCUUGGGCGGGAUGAACUGUAAAUGGGAAUUUCUCCUUGUUGGACAAAUUAUCUUGAUUAAUUUGACUGUGUGUGACUAUCACUGACUGAGUAUCUGUCUGUGUUCAAAGUGUUGGACAACAGUCCCAUCCUGUCCACAUUUCAAGUCAUCCUGCUGGAGCAUAUCAUCAUGUGCCGCCUGGUCACUGGACACAAGGCCACAGCUUUGCAAGAGGUCUGUCCAUCCACUGUAGACUUUUACUCUGUUGCCUUUUUUUACCAAACCAAUGAGUCUCUUACACAAUUUUACUUUAGGGGUUGUUUCAGCCUUUUGAGUGUAACCUGACAUCGCGAUAAAUCUUUCUGUGUUCAGAUUUCUCAGUUUUGUCAGCUUUGCCAGCAGUCUCCCCGGCUGUUUACAAAUCAUGCUGCGCAGCUUCACACGCUACUGGUGAGUCUCCAGACAGAGAGAACAAUUCACUAAAGCAGCCAAGUCUUUGUCACAUCAUUGCCAUCUGAACUCUACCUACAUGUGUUCUUCUUUGUUCACAGUUUGUCUCAGUGACUCGUGAGUUCAGUAGCUUCAGAAGGGCUCACUGUUUAUAAGAUACACCUGUCCCGUAUAAUAAAAAACACUCACACCUGUUUCUUCUUUUCCUGCGUCAGGGCCUCUACUGCAUUUCAGUGAACUGCAUGGACAUUGCUGAGGCUCAGUUCACAGCUGCUCUUCAGGUGAGCUCAUUUCCACAGAGAUGGAUUACAAUGUCAGUCUGAAACUCCAACCAGCAUUUGGAUAUGUUUAAAUUUUUUUAUGUGAGUGGUUGCUGAAGACUUUUUGAAGACAUGCAACAGCAGUCAAAAUUCUUGGCUGUGUGAAAUAUCUGGAUGACCACAUUUUGUUUUGUUUUUUUGUUUUUUCUGUCUAAUAGUUGACAACACACCAAGAGCUGUGGACAUUCAUAGUGACCAACCUGGCCAGUGUGUACAUCCGGGAAGGCAACAGACAUCAAGAGGUUUGGCAGCUGUUUGUCACUUGAGCAUUCAUAAAUGUAAAGAAAUUCUGUUUUUUUUAAACUAUCUAUUCUAACUAUUUCGACAGCUGUACAGCCUCCUUGAGAGGAUCAAUCCUGAUCACAACUUUCCUGUCAGGUAACUUUAGUUACCACACAACUUUUUUGGAGUUCAUCUUAAGUUUUUUUGCAGAUGUAAAAAGUCUAACCUAAAACUGAAUCUUCUUCAGCUCUCAUUGUCUUCGAGCUGCAGCAUUUUACAUCAGAGGACUCCUCUCCUUCUUCCAGGGACGGUACAACGAGGCCAAGUAUGAUCAUCUCACCAAAAGUUUUAAUGAAUAAAGUCAAAAUAAAGUCGUCCUUGUCCUUAUGCUUCAUGCAUGAAAGCUCAACAUGUGAACUUACAUCAACAGGAGGUUUCUAAGGGAGACCCUGAAGAUGUCAAAUGUGGAGGAUCUGAACUGGCUGACUGCAUGCUCGCUGGUACUACUAGGCCAUAUCUUCUUUGAUCUUGGAAAUCACAGGGUGAGUCUACAUUUGACCAAACAUUAUUUAUACCUCACCACAGUGACUAGUGUCUGUCUUUGGGUUUCGUUAACUUGACCACCUUCUGGUUUCAUGUUCUGUGUCAGGAAAGUAACAACAUGGCCAGCAAGAUUCCUGACAUGUCUGUGCAGCUGUGGUCUUCAGCACUUCUCAAAGGUACAACUUUUACCAAGAUUUAACCAAGCAUUAAGCUCUGUGUGUGGUUGAGGUCAAUGACACUUACUUCACAGUAUAUGUUCAAAGACAAAUUAACAGUUUGACCAGAUGGGGGUGCAAUUGUAAAGCUUAUACUGCACCUUCUUAUAUUUUGAUUGGAGGCGUUGCAUUACACUGUAUGUCCUACCAUGAAUAAAGCUGCUUAGAUAUUUUUAAAGAAGUCAGCCCCUUGGACUUUUUUCUGUAUUAAUCAGCAUUAGAGUUGAUAUUGGCUCAAGAUAAAACUUUCAUCCAAAACUUUUGGAUCCUUCCUCUGGAUAUGAUCAAUUUUCACAUCUACACAUCAGCAUCAAUUGACAUCUAUUAUCACAUCAAUUUUCACAUCUACUAUUGCUUCAUUCUUUAUAAAUAAAGAAGAAGAGCUUUAUUGAUCCCUGAAGGGAAAUGCAAUAUGAAUAAAAUGAUGCUGUAGUCAGAAAAAACUCCUUCUCCUAGGCUGUUAGCUAGUCUGGUUGGUAGGUCAAGAACAGAUUUCAAUAUUCGUCAAAAAAAGAUAGACAGUUGAGCAUUUCAGUGUCAAGUAAUUGGUUCAUUGUGGCAAUGGUUUGUUGUUGCGCAGGCUAACAGGAUUUUUUGGUGAUAACUAUGAGUUUGCUAACAUGAGGGGGGAUCUGAAGUGUCAGAGUGGAGGGGAGAAAACCCUUUUUUUUCAAGAGCAUGAAAUAAAGCCAGAACUGGAUUGAGUUAUUAGUAAAUUGCCCUACUCAUACGUAUGCAUUUUUUUUCUCUCAAGUUAAGUAAUCAUAUAGAAAAGACAUGACUCAGCAUAAUUCCAUCCAGUGUUGUAUUGUAAGUAAGUAGUAAUAGUUAAAUACAGUACUUAAGUAUAAUUUUGAAGUAUCUGUACUUUACUGGAGUUUUGACUACAUUUCGAAAAAUAAAAGUAUACUUCUACUCCACUACAUUUCACAGAAGCUGUUUUUCCCCUUUUACCUAAUGUUGAUUUGCAUUGCUCUUGAUCAUCGUCAAUCAGUCACUCAUGCCCAGGCAUGUAGGUUGUACAGUUGCUUGCACCCACCUAAAUGUCCAGUGUCUGUUUGAUAGUUCUCGUCAUGCCCAACUUCUGUCCAAAGUACUUUCUUGACUGUAGGAGGAUGCACUAUUGCUUCUCCUGAUUGGUGGUUUGUGUGUCUGAGUGUGUGUGCCCCUCUCUGUGUGUGUCCAUUUAUUUUUCUAGGCUGUUGCUUGCACCCACCUGAAAUGUGUGCUUAUUUGGGCAUAAGUGACUUUUGCAAAAAAUAAAAAUAUUCAUUUGUACUUUGACUAUUUACUUUGACUUGGAGUACAUUUACUUGCGUACCUUUGAUACUUAAGUAGUGAGAAUGCGAUAUACUUUAAGACUUCGACUCAAGUGGAAUUCUCAUGGGAAACUUUUACUUUGACUUGAGUCAUUUUCUGGUAAGGUAACUAUACUUCAACUCAAGUAUAUUUGUUUAGUACGUCAUACUGAUAAACACUGAUAAACUGAAAAUAAACAAUCCUAGUUUGAAUCAAACCUCUCCUUUUUCUGUCUCUUAGUUUUGCACCAAUAUACCGGGACCUCUUGCAAAGGAAACAAAGACGCCUGUUUUCUCAUGAAGUGAAAGCGUCAGUGCAUCACAAAGUAACAAAACCAAAACUGAGUUAGAAUUGGAGAUAGCUCAGGGAGAAGUGCAAAGUGGCCGAGGAAGCAAUUAAUCACCCUGCAUUGACUUGAUUUGUCUGCGCAUAUUCAGAGGUGGUUCUGAUGUUAGGAUAACAGUGCAGAUCCAGUCAUCAGAACUCACAAUGUUCUUUUUUUUGCAGACCCGAAUAAGGCUUGUGGAAACACCAUGGAGGCUCAUAAGGCGGCUCAGAUGCACCAAAACUUUUCCCAGCAGCUCCUGCAGGACCACAUUGCAGCCUGCAGCUUCCCUGAACACAACCUCAUUAGUGUAAGCACAAUCAUUAAUCUGUCAAAAUGAGAACAGUGAGUCAAAUCCACGUGUAUGGAUUCAGAAGAGCUUCUGUUUGAUGUGUUUCAGUGGACAGACAGCCUGCCACUGGUGCAGUUUCAACCUCAAAAUGGACCUACUACCGGCCUGGCCAGUCUGCUUUGAAAAUAACUAUAGUGGACAAAAGGAGAAACAGAAAAGCUAUUACAGAGGAGACAACAAAAGAGGAGCAGCUGAUCUAGGGGUAAGAUGAAGAAAAGACUGGACAACUAGUCUUCAGUGAGUCAUCUUUUUGGUGCAGUGCUUCACCAGGGCGUACUGACUGGAUUUUUCCUAAAAAGCAUAACAAGUCAAGGGCACACUUUGUCUUCCACUGACACACUCUGGUGUUCAAGAAAUAGUUAGUUCUACCUACUCUGGAACAAAUAAGACGAGAAUAUAUCAUUUACUUUCCGGUCAAGAGUUACUGAAGAAGGUUGAUAUGACUUUCAUGUGUGCUCGGUAAAUAUAAAGCUACAGGAAGUUAGCCUAACCUGGCACAAAGACCGAAGGACGAGGCUUGAGAGGUGAAUUUUGCUUUAUUUUUAAGAAUAAAGUGCAAAAAAACAGCUCACUGAGUGUCCUUUUGAGCCAAGAAACCCUGCUUAGAGCUCAUAUGAACAUUCACAGAAGUACUGCAGAGUUAAACAUGUUUACAGCCUGGUACAUAAAAUCAUUUUAGUUUCUAUUCUUCUGUCCUCUAAAUAUAGCAACGGUAUGGAGGGUGUUUUUACUAUGAUUCAUUCAAAAGUUAUGCAUAAGCACAAUUAGAUGGGUGCAUGCAUUUAUUGCAGCUGUUUGCCAACCAGUCAGGCUUUGGCCCCAAACUCAACAUUUUAUUAGUCGCUAGACAAGCUUGGAGUUAAUUAUGGCAACCAAUGUUAUUGGGCUACAUCACAGCUCAGAAACUGGGUGGUGACUUCGCUGAGACAACGUGAAUGUUCUAUACGGCUCACUCUUGCCCCAAGUUUGCUUUGCUAAGCCUAGUUGUGGCUUGAUAUUUACACUACAAACCGUAAACUGGUACAUUGUGUUUGUUUUGUGCAUCACUAUCCUGUUUGUAGUGGGAAAUAAUAAAGUAGGGUGUGUUUUGAGGCAUGGCUAUCCAUUACCUGUUGGCCUACAACUUGCCGUUACAGCGACUUGUCAAUCAGGGGUGCUAAAAUAUCUCUGAUGUUUGGAAAAUGCCAAAAUGCUCGGGUUUGCCUCAAAUCUCUAGUUCAUUGAUCAGUGGGUGAUCAUACCUCCUACGUUUACUUCUUUUAUAAAGUGCAUGGCAAAAGCAUGGAAGAGAAAUCCACUGCAAAUAUAACUCUUGGCAAAAAGAAAACAUUUCCAAAGCUGGAAAUUAGAUAUCCGUGAGGCCUUGAGCAGUUUUUUGAUCAAUCAAAAGUACUGAAAGAUACAAAGAUCCAGUAUUUUUAUCCUUGGUAUUGAACAAAAAUAUGUGUAUCUCUCACAAAACAUGAAAAUUCGAAAUGCAACAUAUUUCAAAUCCACGCUCCAGAGCUUACAGCCCUUCUCUUCCUUGUACUUGUUUUUGCAUUGCGGCAUGUCUUCCUAUCAGACGGCUGCCUUUUGAUCAGUAAAAAAACGAGACACUCAAAGAGGGGCUGGUAAUCACAUCCCAUGUAUGCCCCAAGUAUCCAAGGGAAGCAAAACUUCUUUAGUGUGCGGAAACCUCCAAACAGAUCAUUUAACAGUCAUAUGUUUUAAUAUAACUGAUUUUACUGACACAUCAAGCUUGCACCAUGGUAUUGGGAUUUUAAUUUCAGAAGACAGAUCUGAGCUUUAUCAGUACUACUCAUAAUUCUAGAGACGUUCAUUUGACACAUGCCUUUGACUUAAAAGACAUCUAGAAAUGCAUGAUGAUAAUAAUAUAUGUUCUUUUAAAGCACUGGUUCUCAAGCUCUGAUACGCAAUAAUUAACAGGAUGCACUUGACUAUAAAGCACACUCAAUAACUUAUAGGAUUCCAUGUGGUGCUGUGUAUGUUUAAUGUGUACUCGAAGGUUGGUAUCUCAAUUUAUCACUGAAAAAAAAUAUGGUUUUAUUCAAUAAAAAACACAUUUAUGAAGGCAAGUGAUAUGAAACACACACUAUGGCUUGCAUGGCUGUUACUUCAGUAUAUUUCAGGUUUAAAAGUGUUUUCUAACAGAAAGUGUUUGGACAUUUAUUUGGACUCAUCUCAGUUGGCUGCUUCACUUUGAUAUCUUACUCUGUCACUUUAAUGUGGUGUGUGUUUGUAUCGGAUCUGCACAUUAAGUUUGAAGCAGUUAAAGAUUAGCUGUAAGGUUGACUGUUACUUUUUGCACAUAUGUUGCCUCAUGGUGAAUUCCACAAUUUUGAAGUUGUUUUAGAGAAAUGUUUUUUACUAACUUCAACUUUCCUUCAUUUGCUGCUCGACUCUUAUCCUUCAUAUGGUGGCAAUAUGACUCUGUGUUUGAACAAUUAUUUAUUUAUGUUUCUAAUCAAUGCACCAGACUCUUUGUUGUCCGCCAAUGUCACUGUCACCCAUCUGAUAUAUUAUCGGCAGAUAACUGGUAGGACAGUUUAGGUUACAUAAUAUUGGAUGGGUGAAAUUGAGUUUUAUCUGAAUAUUAAAGACAAUUUGCACAGAUUAUUUUCCUGAGAGUUUUUAUUCUUACAAAACAAACUUCUGAGUUUGAUAUUUUGCCAAACUUUUUACUCACUUGUCAUUUUGACUAUCUUUUACACAUUUAUGUUUUUUUUUUCUUUUUAAAUACAGUCAUAUGAUUAUUUUAUUGCAUAAUGCUGUGAACUGCAGCUCACUGAAACUUCAUAAAUAAGACAUACUAAAGUCGUUAAUGUUGAAGAUAGAUGAUUUGGUUAACUGUUAAAAAUGUACUAUUUUAUAAAUUUGCAAACAUUGUACAAACUCAAACAAGGCUUUCAAUAUUUAAGAUCUCAGGGUGAAGUUUGUAUUUAUUUAUGUGAAAGUUUCAUGUAUUAAUGAUGCAUUUCAGAUUUAACACAAACUGUAGUACCACGCUGGAAAGUUUAAUCUGUUUAUUAUUUCAGCAAUCAGAAAUUAAUGAGAAACACUUAAUACUUUAAAAGAUAUAUUUAAAACAUGGUUAACCCCUAAACUCCUCAACACAAACUCACAAAUGAUAAGCAAAGAGUACAAUCAAUGGUGUAAAUUAGUGAAGUUUGAAAGCAUAUUCCAAAUCAAACACAAGUUUUCUUUUUCUCAGUGUCAAAAUUUGCAGUUUCUGAUACAAAUACCUUGCAGGUUGAUUUGACCUCUUUAUAAACAGCCAGGUUGAAAACUUGAAUUAAAAAUACGAUUAUUAUUUGAAUGCAUUGUAGGGUCUAGAUAGACAACAAGUCCAGAGGGUUGACUACAUAGGCCACUGUUCUUUUAGUUGCAAGGAUAAAGAACCAAAAACAAAACAAGAACUAAUUUCUCUGGAAAAUGUCUGGACUCAGACCAUCAAGACAUGAAACAGUUAUAAAAGGCGUGAUAUAAAUGUCACUAAAAGGCUUUUUCUCCUCAAUUCUUGACUGCUGGCAUUAAAUUCUGUUUUUUUUCCCCUUGCCCUUUAAAAAUUGGAUGUUGAACUAACUGUGAUUUGAGUGCGAGGGACAGAGAAUAAAAGUUUAAGAGGAGCACAAGUGAGGGUAAAAGGACGGAUAACUUUUUGUUGUUCACCAGACAUGAGUAUUUUGAUUGGAAAACAAGACAUUUGGUGUUUGCACACAAGAUCACCAUCAGGUCAGAGUACAAUUUUACAGACUAUUCAGGGUGAUGUAUUUGCCUGUGUAUUGCACCACAUAGGAGUCAAUCUAAAAAUCUAUUUGCUACUCCACUGUGAAGGGUAGGCAGCUUAGGUGUAUGACAUUAACCAGGGACUGAAAUGACCCUGCAGAUCCAACAGAAGGCUGAGCAAUGUGCUGGGUCCUAAUGGCAGUGACUUUAGUGAGUGUUAAUAAUCUUACACUGCUCCAAAAAAUAAAGGGAACACAUAAUCAUCACAAUGUAACUCCAAGCCAGUCACACCUGUGGGAAUGUUUACCUGCCCAGUUAGGAAGCAAAAAUGAUUGGAUAGGAGAGGCAAUCGCCAAGGCAACCCCUGUUAAGGAGUGGUUCUGCAGGCGCUGGCCACACAUUUCCCUCUCCUUAUCCUUCCUGGCUGAUUCUUGGCUAGUUUUGCCUUUUUUGUAGGCCCUCACCUCUAGUGGUAUGAAACGAUAUCUGCAGCCCACAGAAGUUGCCAGGUAAUGCAGGGCCUCCAGGAUGGCAUAUUCAGAUAUACCAUGGCUAGAAGGUUUGCUGUGUCUCCCAGCACAGUGUGCUGAGCGUGGGAGAGAUAUCAGGAGACAGGCCAGUACAUCAGAAGAGGUGGAGGGGCAACAACCCAGCCGCAGGACUGCUAUCUGCUCCUUUGUGCAAGGAGGAACACUGCCAGAGGCCUAAAAAAUGACCUCCAACAUGCCACUGGUAUGCAUGUUUCUGACCAAACUGUCAAAAAAAUAUUAAUUUGGUGGUGGAUCAGUGAUGGUCUGGAGAGAAAUAUCCUUAGAGGGCUGCACAGAUCUCCAUGUACCCUGGCUGCUGUUAGAUACCAGGAUGAGAUCCUCAGACCCUUGGUCAGACCAUAUGCUGGUGCACCGGGCCCUAAGUUCCCUCUGCUUCAUGACAGUGCCUGGACUGUGUCAGCACUUCCGGGAUGAUGAAGGAAUUGGUGCGGCCCACCCGAUCCCCAAACGUGAACCUAAUCCAGCACCUCUGGGACACCAUACAUCAUUGCAUCCACCUCCACCAUGCACCACAGACUGCCCAGUAACUGACUGAUGUCCUUUUCUUGGUCUGGGAGGAGACCCGCGUGGAAACCACUUGUCGUCUGAUCAGUGACCAUGCCCAGAUGUUGUUGUGAUUUCAUACAGGCCCACGGAGGCCAUACACACUACUGAGCCACAUUAUGAGGGGUCUUAAGGACAUUCCUAGAAGUUCAAUCAGCUUGUGAUCCCAUUUUUCAACUUUGUUUUUGAGUCUGAUUCCAAAUCCAAUCCUCAGUGGGUUGGUGAUUUUGGCUUCCCUUUAUCAUUCUUAUGUUAUUUUGUUCUCAAAAUUUGGUAGCGUGUGUGCAUGUGUGUGUGUGUGUGUGUGUGUGUGUGUGUGUGUGUCGGCUCACAAUAAUAAAACAAAAUAUUAUUCGUAAAAAAAAAAAAUCUUAAAAAAAUACAAAAAAUUGUAAUAAUUUGGCAUAUGUCUGCGGUUUGGUUUAAAUUUAAGUACAAGCAGACUAAACACGAUGGUUUUCGUCCUUGAGAGGAUCGAUGAAAGUGCAGGACACUGCUCCAACAAAUUGUGACGUCUCCCCUCUCUCUCUCUCUCUCUCUCAUAAUUGUCAUCAUUUCCAGUGUCUCCAAAAACUGUUUUCAUUUGAGGUGGUGGGUUUGCAUGAGAGGGAAACUUUUGUGAUGGUCGCAGUAUCUUGGACACAGCUGACAGUAUUGCCUGUGAACUAGUGAGCCUGUCUAAUUGUGACUUCCUGUAUUGUUAGCUGUCUUAAUGAGGAUUAAGUUGAAGCUGUCAUGUUGCAAGGGGCGGCCAUUAAGCCACCUCCACAGGAGAGAGAGAGAAGGAGAGAGGGAGGGGCUUCAUGUGGUCUUUGUAGAUCCCCCUAUAGUACUUUUUUCUGAUUUGCCCUUUUGUUUGGAAUUUUGCAAUGUCUUGAGCAGAUUCCUGAGGAAAACGGUACCAUCAUUUUUUUUGUUUGUUCAAUUUUACUGACCGUGUGACUUUCUUUGUUUCCAUGUGACAGAUCAGGGUAAUUUUGGACGUGUUGAAACCUUAUCAUUGACCUUGAUAUGAUCAUUCUAAUCUUUACAGGUUUUAUCUGCAGGUUAACUCAAAGUUUAUUAGCAGGGUACAAGACUGUGGUAUGAGAAGUGUUUUAUUUAAUGUAUACUAUCAGUUUGUGUCCAUCAGUAGUCUAUUGGUUUUUUUAACUGACCUGGCUUACAUGAAGGAAAACAGUCAAUGCGAGGAGCAAAACAGACUUACCUUGAAGGGCAUGUUAACAUAAAGCAGUUAAUAAAGACUGGGUAACAUCUACCUGUCCUUGAAUCCAUUUUUAACAGGGAUAUUCAUGCUCAACUAUAAAAUGCAUUUUUUUUUCUUAAAUGAUUGUGGCUGUAGGCUGGGUGAUCAUAAAAGAUGGUCCCUUGAUGCAGAUUUGAUCACAUCUACACGAGACAAUAAGUGUCCUCAAGAGUAGUCAUGAUAAGAGGGGCAGAAACAAACAGACCUGACGUCUAUGGAGUAUUUUUCUGCAAGUGUGAUACACACUGAUGAUGCACUCAAAACACACUAAAACCCCCAGCUGUUGGAAAACAACAGCCCCACUACACCCCCUUCAGUCUGUAAAGGCAACGUCUUCUCCGUCACUGUAUUUCAAAUGUGUGUGUACAUGUGUGUUAGUGCAUUUCUCUGGGUGUUGGUGGACGACAGAGGAUUAGUUCAGUUCGCAGGGACGCUUUGAAGGUCUUGUCAUGAAAGAGACAGCCAGCUGGAUCCUUUAUGGAAGCAAUUCUGCAACUUCUGAUGUUAACCCUGCUGCUCUGGACUUGCAUGUAAAGAUCUGACUGCUAAUACAAACUCAAUGCAGUGCAGUCCUCUUAAUCCAUUCAAGACAAAAAUUCUGUAUGUUAUCUAGGUUCAUUCAGAGUUAAGAGGUUCAUGUUGCAGUCUUGCUCUGAGGAUGGAUGCUGGAAUGUGACUUUUGUGGGUUCAAAUGGGGAAGAGAGUGUUGAGAGUGGAUUAUGAGACUUUUCCGAUAAGCUCUGGUGGCUGAAGAGAAGAUUUUUAAGAGCCACAGUGCUAAGUUUUGACUGUGGAUGAUAAAACAGGCCUCUGCUCAGUCCUGUGAGGUUCACAGGGCUUGAGGAUGCUUGUGCAAAAUCUAAGGGAUAAUUAUGCUCACAUUGUUGCAAAAUAUAUUGCAGAACCAUAUAUUGUCCUUUCCAGCCCUUUAUGCUUGGUCUUAUUGACUGGUAUGGAGACUCUGGCAAAAACCUGUAAACCCACUUCCCACCACCGUCUAAUACAGUGGCCUCAAAGUUUCCAUCCUCACAAAAGAACCACAGAGCUUUACAUGGUAUAUGUUCUACUUGAGGCAGUUAUGCUAGAAAUCCAAUUUUAUAUAAGCUUUCUCCUAAAUUGCUCUUGAUACACAUAAUGAGACAUGUUAAUUCAGACAUGUAAAGAGAAAAGAUAAAUAUUUGAAUAAGGACUGAUGUGCUGGUCGUACAAGUUCCUCAACAUAUUUACUGUUGGUUAUAUAGUUAAAAAAUGUUAAUAUGCAAUAAUAAUUAAAAACAAUUAUUGUACCAGUUGAAUAGCUUAUAAUAGAUAAAAAUACAUAUGAAUGUGAAGAAGUGACUGUUAUUUAGGGAGAGAGAAGGUGAGGGAGGGCUGGGGUGAAGAGUGGGGGGUAUUAGGGAUAUGGCUCAACUUACCCCGCUCCUAUGGUCAACUUACCCCAUACACAGGGUAAGUUGACCAUAGGAGACCACUUUUUUUGGCAUGCUAUAUUAUCAAGACAGUUAUGUUUACACUCAUUCUGUUGGUUUGCAGGGAUGCACAACAUCAUGACAUAUAUGCAGGUACACUAGUUAGAGACAAAACUAUGAUUGCCUUGAUGUAGUGUUCCGAAAUAUAAAAAUGGCUCAUCUUACCCCACUCUCCCCUAUGUCCAGCUUGAAGGUGAAGAAUUCUUGCUGUCUCACAUAGAAAUCCUCAUUCCCCCAUAAAGUUCAUGCAAAAUGUUAAAACUACUAUUUGCUUGCUGUUUACAUUGCAUUGAUGACUGUAUAAACUGCUUGUAGUAUUUCUCACGAUUAAAUUUUUUUUGUGGC